AAAAAUCGGUACCAGAAGUCAAGUGCAAGUGGUCAUCAUAGAUGGAAAUUCCUCCUCUCCGAGCACUAUACAGGAAAGACGGGUGGAGAUCGACGUCAAAUUGUCGAGUAUGGUGCUAAGAUUUGUACUCGACAAUUUUGCGGAUCCUCACCCAGAGUUUGACUUCUCUGAGACCCUCAGGAACUACAGGGUCAUCAAGUGCGCGGACCAGGCCUCGCUAGAUUUCCUGACGGGUAGUGUUACUAAAAUCAGCAAGGCCUUUGUAGGCCUCCAAUUGAGGCUUAUACCCGCCAAGGACAUUGUGAGAAGACCUCGGCUCUCAUUUGGCUACCCCCUGUAGAGGAGCUACGCGAAAAACUCCUGAGCAGAACAAAUCUAUACCUGGUAUAGAUGAGCGGCAGCCGAUCGAGGAGGAAAAACCGAAAAAAGAAAGUAAACCAAUACUGGUGGCCAUUUUCAUUGAGGCUCUCAAGAAGACUGACUAUAAAAUCAGCUUCGGAAUUCGCAAGGCCAGGUUAAAAAUCUUCCAAGGCGACAAAGUGGCUGACGAAGACGACACGGAAGAGGUUGACGAUGCCAGCCAAUUGCUAAGAAAUCGAAGAAACCCGAGAUGACCAAUAACAUAAGAUGCGUGCAGAUAAACCAACCCUCAUGAACGAGGAGGGCAUCGACAUCAGCCUAGUACAAGAGUCCUGGGCUAAUGAAGACACCAUUAAAGGGCUAAACAGCAGCAACUAUAAAAUUUUUUAUACAUGGAACAAAGGAAAAACAAGGGCAUUCAUUCUUAUCAAUAGAAGUAUAAAUGCAGUUAUUUUUUCUAAUUAUAGCACCGCAGAUAUCACAUUGGUGAAGGUGGAAGAGAAGGAAAAGCCCUUCUUCUUGGUCUCUUGGCCCAUGACGAAGACCAACACCAGAGCUCUGAUAGGUUUCCGCGGUUGGAGGAAGUGCUAGACCUCACGCUAUCAACAUACACAGUCAGUCUCGUUGUGGAUAACUGGAGGGUAUCCGAUGAGCCUUCCAUGUCGGAUCACUCCUGGAUACUUUUCAGCAUCCGCGAUAGAUACAGUGCUCCUCUCCCAUAUCCGAACCCAAAAAAAACAGGUGGGAAAAAUUUACCAGUACAGCAACAAAAUGUCUUGAAAAGGAACUAGAUUCAGAAGUAGAGAAGGUGGAAAAAAUCUUAACAACAACUUUCAAUAAAUUCACUUCGCUAACAGUUUUGAAAAAGAGAAAGUCUCUUUCUUGGUGGAACAGUGAACUCAAGAAUUUGAGAACACAACUAAGGAAAGCUUUUAAUGGGAGUUUUAGAACAAAAAUCUGGCAACCAUAUACAGAUAUUAUGAAAAGAUACAAAAAAGCAGUUAGGAAAGCUAAAAACGACUCAUGACGAUCUUUCUCCACAUCGAUAGAAAGUUGCAGAGAAACCGCUAGGC